AUGUCUGGGAUUGCGGUUGCUAGACUUGCGGAGGAACGAAAAGCCUGGAGGAAGGAUCAUCCUUUCGGCUUCAUCGCAGCACCAAGCAAAAAUCCCGAUGGAACUCUCAAUCUUUACAGUUGGGAAUGUGGAAUACCCGGCCGUGCGGGUACACCGUGGGAAGGUGGUUUGUACCGUCUGAAGAUGUUGUUUAAAGACGACUAUCCGACGACACCUCCAAAAUGCAGAUUUGAUCCUCCGCUUUUUCAUCCAAAUGUUUUUCCGUCAGGAACAGUGUGCUUAUCGAUUUUAGACGAGAGAAAAGACUGGAGACCACGCAUAACAAUCAAGCAGAUUUUACUCGGUAUUCAAGACCUCCUGAACAAUCCGAAUGCGGAGGAUCCUGCACAAGCGGAGGCAUACCAGGUUUACUGGUAA